ACCACGGCGCCUACGGUUUCCGGUGUCAUGGCGCCCGGAGGUCCCGGCAGUCGGUGAGGCGGCUGCAGGCCCUUCCCUGCGGAGCCGCUGGUCCGGGAGGCGGAGAUGUGACCGCGGGCCCUGCCGGCCUGCCCUGGGCGUCGCGUCAGCUCCGUGUCAGCGCCCUCAGUCCGCACCGAUGGCGGGAUCCGGCUGCGCGUGGGGCGCGGAGCCGCCGCGGUUUCUGGAAGCCUUCGGGCGGCUGUGGCAGGUACAGAGCCGCCUGGGUAGCGGCUCCUCGGCCUCGGUGUAUCGUGUGCGCUGCUGCGGCACACCCGGCUCGCCCCCCGGCGCUCUGAAGCAGUUCUUACCGCCGGGCACCACCGGGGCUGCGGCCUCGGCCGCCGAGUACGGUUUCCGCAAAGAGAGGGCGGCGCUGGAGCAGUUGCAGGGUCACAGGAACAUCGUGACUUUAUAUGGAGUCUUUACAAUCCACUUCUCUCCAAAUGUGCCGUCACGCUGUCUGUUGCUUGAACUCCUGGAUGUCAGUGUUUCGGAAUUGCUUUUAUAUUCCAGUCACCAGGGUUGUUCCAUGUGGAUGAUACAGCAUUGUGCAAGAGAUGUUCUAGAGGCCCUUGCUUUUCUUCAUCAUGAGGGUUAUGUCCAUGCAGACCUCAAACCACGUAAUAUAUUGUGGAGUGCCGAGAAUGAAUGUUUUAAACUCAUUGACUUUGGACUUAGCUUCAAAGAGGGCAAUCAGGAUGUAAAGUACAUUCAGACAGACGGGUAUCGGGCUCCGGAAGCAGAACUGCAGAAUUGCUUGGCCCAGGCUGGCCUGCAGAGUGAUACAGAAUGUACCUCAGCUGUUGAUCUGUGGAGCCUAGGAAUCAUUUUACUGGAAAUGUUCUCAGGAAUGAAACUGAAACAUACAGUCAGAUCUCAGGAAUGGAAGGCAAACAGUUCUGCUAUUAUUGAUCACAUAUUUGCCAGUAAAGCAGUGGUGAAUGCCGCAAUUCCAGCCUAUCACCUAAGAGACCUUAUCAAAAGCAUGCUUCAUGAUGAUCCAAGCAGAAGAAUUCCUGCUGAAAUGGCAUUGUGCAGCCCAUUCUUUAGCAUUCCUUUUGCCCCUCAUAUUGAAGAUUUGGUGAUGCUUCCUACUCCAGUGCUAAGACUGCUGAAUGUGCUGGAUGAUGAUUAUCUUGAGAAUGAAGAAGAAUAUGAAGAUGUUGUAGAAGAUGUAAAAGAGGAGUGUCAAAAAUAUGGACCAGUGGUGUCUCUGCUUGUUCCAAAAGAAAAUCCUGGCAGAGGACAAGUCUUUGUUGAGUAUGCAAAUGCUGGUGAUUCCAAAGCUGCUCAGAAAUUACUGACUGGAAGGCUGUUUGAUGGGAAGUUUGUUGUGGCCACAUUUUACCCACUGAGUGCCUACAAGAGGGGGCAUCUGUAUCAAACUUUGCUUUAAUCAGUGACCGAAGGACUAGUUCCUGUUUCUCCUCUUCUGUUUCCUGGGUUAUUGUAUUCUACAGCUGAAUGCAGAAGUACCCCCUUAUCAUUUUAAGGGAAUACUUUGUAUAUUUAUUCAAUCCUACCGAUGUGCAGCCCUUGCUCAAGCAGUGACUGCGUUGCAAACAUUUGGCACUGAGUAGGACAAGACCUCUCAGCUAUACAUUGAGGGGGUUUAGAGCAUCCAUGUGGGCAACCUUUUUUUGUGCAGUAGGGCAAGUGCUGCUCUUCAGUAUGUAACCUAAAAAGAUACUAACUCUUUCAUGUGAUCAUGAAGCGAGGAUGAAUAAUAUCAUGUUGUAGUGAAUACUAUUAACAAAUAUUGUUAGAGUUGGUGACAUCACUUACAGAUUAUUCCUUUAUGUUGUCAGAGGGGUCUUCCUUAUUGAUAUCUGUAGUUGGCACUGGAUGCUCUCAGUAAUGUUAAGUAAUUGUUAAGCAGCAGUUCCCUACUGUGUUCUUAACACUGAGUUAUGAAUUUUUUUAAAGGAGUACGGUAGUACUGAAUAUUCCUUUAAAGAAACUGCAGUGAGCCUAUCUACAUUUUUUUUUAAUUAAGGCUUUUAAAAUAGAAAGCUAAUGCUUGAUCUUGCACAAUUUUUAUGUCCAGUAUGUAUGCUCGAGUGAGUGUGCAGGUGUGAAAGAUUAGAGAAAAUUUGAGUAGCUUUCUUUAUAGUGUGAAUCUUGUGAGUUAAUACAGUCUAUGCCCAUCUCUUCCCUACCUGUUUAAUAUCUGUAAGAUUUAGGAUACAAGUUUUUUGGGAGUUGGUCUGUCUGACAGAAUGAAAUGAGAAAAUAGUUCAUUCCUGAGAGGCCCAGAACACACAAGUCUAAACUGGGUUACAUUGAAACUCUCUUAAAGUGAGAAAACUCUUGUAAAAGUUUUGGUACACAUAAAUUGCCCCUUUCAGUCUGCUUUAGACCCUGCAUUAGCUCAUCUGUUUUGAACUGAAUCUUCUAGGAUCACUGUAAAAUUUCUCAAGAUAGAGUUCUGUCUACUAUGAUGGAAAAUUGAUGUGGGUCAAAGAGAAAGAAUUAGUUGUUCAGUGAAGGGAAAAGGAAAAAAAAAAUAGGCAAAGGGCGCAUAGUCAAGGAUUAUUUCUUUCUUUCUUUCUCUCUCUCACCUCCCUCCCACUCCUUCUUUUCCUCUUCCCCCAUUCUUUAUCUCUAUCCUUAGCUGAAGAGACGUUAGAGGAAAGCAUCCUAGGUGGUCAGGUGAUCUGACUUCUGAUUACAAGGAAGUUAAGAAAGGUGUAGCUAUAAUAAGGUGGAAAUAGAAAAGAAGAAAAACUUAUGAAGAAUUCUUAAAAAGAUUCAUAGCAAUCUAACGUGUCCCCCGAGAGAGGAAACUAGUAUUCGUGAGUUCACGGGCACAGGUUGACUACAUGGUUUUAGGAAUUAUAAUUACGGAUUCCUCCCACUUUACAGUAGAUUGUCUUCAAAGGUUUAAAUCUUAGGAAACCUUUAUAAAGCACUGAUGAUACAAAAAAAGAAAAGUAUACAGGUUAUGAAUUUUUUGUUUUCUUAACUAAAUGAAAAAUUUUAUUUAUUUAUUUAUUUUCCUAAGGAAAAAGCUUUUAUACCUUUCCCUGCUGGAAGCCUCCUCAUAUAGUCUUUCCUUGUGUGUGCCACGCAGGUUACUGAGAGCCCAAUUAAGAAUUUACGUCUUAGAGGAUGAAUUACUUGACCCUGUUGAGACAGGUACCAUUUGACAUUUUAGUUAUUCACAGUUACCUAAUUAUUCAGGACUCUCCUUAAUAUUUGUUAUGAAGCCAAGUUUGGUAUAAUGAAUUGCCAGAAGAUCUGUGGCGUGGCACCCAAGGGAGAACUGUAGAGUAAGCUUCUAAUACGUGCCCUUAGAAGGAAGAGCUAUUAUUUUUCAUUAUGGCCUUUUCAGAGGUUGAUUAGCUGGUUUGGUUUCAGAUAAAAAUUCAAGAGAGUAUUGUGGAGACCAAAGCUUUCCUAAAACGUAAACGUUUGUAUGGUAGCAGCUUCCAUGGUGAUUAAAAACACCAGAUCUUUCCAUACAUACUGAUGAACACAGAACGCAAAUGAAUUCUUUUUAAGGGCAAGUAGUCUAGGUUAGCACAUAUACCUUUCUCAUUCUCCCUCCCCCGACUAUCACCAAAAAGAAGAAUCCUUACAAAUAAACUGCAGGUAGGCUUCUAAGCUUAAUGUUGCAGUAUGCUGCUAACAUCUUGAUGCUGAAUUUCACAGCAUUCUUUGAUCGUCUUCUUAUUGCUGAUGUAUUCAUGCGUAUAUGUAGUGUUUAACACUGUAGAAUUUUAUUACAGAAGAUGCUAACUAGAUUUUAAGGGAGCUGAGGGAAUAAUUGAUGAGCCUAAGUAACCAUGCAUCGAAUUAAAUAUUUUAUAUUUAAGCCACAGAAUUGAAUGGAGGUGCCUCCUUUGAUUUAAAUUAUUUUAUAGCUCUUAGCCCAUUACUACCAAAGAUGACAUUUGCAGAUUCUCCCUCCCUCUUCUGAUAUUAUAAGAAAUUUAAUCUUGUUAUCUUUUUUAAACCUGAACCAAAUAUUGAAUGAUGCAAUUUUCAUGAUCCUUUAGGAUGAAAUAUAUACACAAAGAUUUUGAUUCCUUGAAGUUUUAAAGACAGAAGUUUUCUUUUUGAGAGGUAGGGUAAACAUGUGAGGGUUCACGUCACUUAACCCCUACCAUUUUGGGAAAAUUUUAUCUCAGGUAGUUUUUCUUUCCCUAAAUUAAUAUCUGUGCUUCCUUCCCUCUUGCCUUCCAGUUUCUUCUUUAUUAUUCCAUGGUAUUUUCAUGGUACAUUUUUGUCCCAAAAAAGGCAUGUAAAUUGAUAAAUCUUUAGGAAAUCUUUGGUUCUUUGGAAACAUAUUUGGAGGAGGUGGCGACUUGGCUACUUUCAAAGCUUUAAUGCUGUAUUUAGAGAAGAAUAAGUAGAGUUGGACACCUCAGUGAAAGAUAGCACUGCUAAAAGAAACUAUUUGCUGCAUUUUAAAGGAGUAACAAAAUGAGCCUCUUGGAAUAAGAGAUUGCAUUUAUUAUUACUGAAUGUCUUCCUUGUUUUGUGGCCAUCAGUAUAGAAACUCUUUAGAGAAAAAUUCCCUCUCUGCUUUGCCUUGAGCCAAUACUAGGCUUCUUUUAGAACAAAACCAUAAAUAUAGUUUUACUCAUCCUUCUCCUUGUUUUCAUUGAGACAAGUAUUGCCUUCUUUUUGGUAUUCCAGCUGCUAUAUAAAGAGGGCUGAGCUAUAUUAAAUUAACCUUUUUAAAAAAUCUCUCAAUUCUUAUUUAACUUGCCUUCUAGAUUCAUAUUGCUUACUUAUAUUUUAACCUUUGAGCAAAUUUAUUAUAAGGAAUGCUGCCCGAAAGAGUGCUGCCAUGUAAAGGAAGUUGAAGAAACUAUGAGCAUAAGGUUUGUUUCUGUCUUAGUACACUGGGCUUUCACCCUGGUAAGGGAAUCAGUUACCUUUAUGGAAUGAAUUACAGUCAGAGUUACAAUACUCAGAUGCUGUUUUAUGGCUCAUUUGAGUUAUUCCUCAAAUGCAGGUAACUGGCAUUUUGGCAUCAUUAUCUUUUUAGGCUUGUAUUCUGACCUUAUAAAAUUAGGCCUAUCUUAUAUAAUUUCUACUAUUAGUUAUACUUGGCAGCAUGACAUUUUAUUUUUUAUAGUUUAAUGAAAAUCAGCACCAUAGUAACUGAUGAUAAUUAUAAUAACAUAGUUACUGGGUGAGGGAGUGGGGAAGACACUCAGUAACCACGUGUUUUACCUGGACUUUUAUGCAAAGGUACGUGCUAGGUGGCUUUAUUCAGAUAAGUGUACAGAUGGAAUUGCAUCAUGACUUUUAGUCUGGUGGAUGUGUAGACAGUCAAAGAUUUAAGCAAGUGCCUUGUGUUUCCUGGAAAAUAUUAAAACUCAUUUGGGUGAAAGCUUCCCAAAUGAUGAUAAUUAUUGCUCCUUUGCCUUUUCCUUGGAAUAACUUUUGGAUUGAGUCACUUAAUAUAAAACUCCAAAAUUGCCUGGGUUUGCCUUUUUAUUAAUAUGUGUAAAACUAUUCAUAUUUGAUUUUUUUCCCCCAAUAUUACAUAUAAUGGAAAGCCAGAGUUAUCUGACAGAAUCAAAUUCUUCCUUGGAUCUAGUUCCAUUUUUAAUAUUAGGUUCCUUCUUCAAAUCUUAUUACUCUAGCUCUGAUAAAAUUUAUUUCUUUCUUGUCAAGUGUGGUCACAAUACAGACCAGCCUUUGGUCACAAUUAGCUCAAAAGAAUUUCCAUUUCUUCUUAAGGUGCUCAAUAAAUCACCUUUACUUUGAGAUGUUAGCCUUUUCAGGUUAGUAUUACUUUCUAGCUUUCUCAAUGAAUAUAAGACUGUUGAAUCUCUAUGAUACGGAAUUCAUCUGAGCCUCUUAUGGUAUAUUUGGGUACGUUAUAUUUUCUUAGUUAUAGAGGAACAUGGAUGUUUUAGUUUUUGAAGUACCCCAAAUAUUAAAGAUUUUGUUUUGUUUUAGGUUAGCUUCUUCUCUACCUGACAAAACAGGGUAUAUCAUGUUUGUUAUCUUAGCCACCUCCCCCUCUCCAGUGUCUUUCACUGCUUUUUAAAUUCACACAGUGAAUGACCAAUAGAUUUACACAGUGACAUGUGAUUGACAAGUACUUAUGGAUAUUUAAGAAGGUAAACAAUUUUAACUAUUUUUGCUGCAAUUUUAUAGGAGAAAUGGGCUGUAAAAGAAAUAUCUAUAAACCAGAGAGCAUUUAGGAAAUUGUUUAUUUUAUAGGUGGUCAUGAAGGUGAUCUUCAGGAUAUAAGAUAUAUAGUUUACACAAUCUUUGUUUUCCUGAUAUGAAGUUUUUAUUCAUUUUCCUACAAAUCAGCACUUUUGUUGUCCCUUAUACUGUUUAGAAGGAUUAAUGUUUUAUUUGCUUUAUUAGUGCUUUUCAGAGAGUUGUCAUAAUCAUGGCAGUUAUGUUUGUGACACCAUAAAUGCUGGAAUUCAUGGGAAAUUUAUCAAAUGAUUGCCUGAGUGUUAUUUCCCACUACAUAGAGUAGCUGUCACAAUAUCCUAAAGAAAACUGAUUUUUUUUUUGAAAGUCAUGUAUGUUUUAUGACCUAGCUUUGUGGUAUUUUAAUUUAAAAGCAAAGAGAAGCUUUGUGUCUUAUUUUGCCUUAUAUGACCAUUGAUCCUUGUUGUGUUGUGCAGAAAAGAGCUUCUUUUGUUAUACUACUUUGUAUAAUGAAAAUAAGUCACAUUCUGAAGAAAAAACCCCCAAGACUGGAAUUGUCAAAAUUUUUGUUCCUUUUUGGGAAACCCUUAUGUAAACAUCAGAGCUAUUUGUUAUCAUAAACUCUUGAUUGUCAGCAAGAGAAUUAUUCAUAGUCACUUCUAUCCCAGGUUGGAAUUGCCUUCCCCUUCUAAGCUCUCUCCUUAAUAUUAUUCAUGAUGUCAGGACAGUGAGUGUGUAAAAGCAAAUGUAGUGAGGUGUUCUAAAUCACACAUCCAAAAUCAUGCAUUUAUGGACUCAAAAAUCUUUUCAGUUAUUUGAAUUAUCUAUAGCUGUGUUAUUUUAUUAGCAUGAGUUGUCAGAAAUCUGCCAAAUUUAAGAGUAAAGAAGAGAAAGAUAAGUAAUAAAAAUAGAGAGAUGAGGGGAAGAAAAUAGCUUCCUUAUUGGUGUUAUUAAUUGUUCAUAUAGUUUAUGACCUAAAAAUGAUAUUUAUUUUUAAAAAUCCAGGUUUGGUACCUGUAACAUAGAAACGUUGCCAUUUCUACACAUUCCUCAUCAUUGUUUCCCCAGAAAAUUAUUUUAAGAGUGUAUGAGAUCAGACUAAAUAUCCAUAUUCAGUUUGGUCUAAUUUUUAAAAAUAAAUAUUUAAGUUAAACUCCAUCUUUUGUGUAUUUGGUAUACAUCAACACUUAUGCAAAUCAAGGAUCAGAAAGAAACGGGAUUAGCCAUCUCCUUAUUUCCCUUUGCACAGUGGGUACAGUGGGUGGCAUUAGUAUGCACUAGCUGCAGUGUUAUAGCACCUUAUGAAGUAAGUGGUGUUUAUUAUAAUAAAAAAAAAAGUUAAGCUGCAUCUCUGUAGAAUAUUUACUUUGCAGAGUGUAAAGCUGUCAUAUCUUUUUCCAGCAGGAUUUAACUCCUUCAUUCUUAAUUUUUUUGAAAAAAAAAUCUUCAGUAAGUUAACAUUCCUUUAUAUCCUCUUAACAGUGGCAAAUCUGGGGUAGAAGGGAUUAUUUUUCCCCCAAAGGGCUCCAUCUUUGUUAUCUUUUGGUCACUCUUUGAAAUCCAGUUAUGAUUAAUCGAUUUUUAACAGUUUAUGGCUUCCCAUAUCAGCACUGGAGUGGCUGGUUGUGAAUAUUACAACCUACUACUAUUUCCCCUCAAUAACAUGUAAUUGCUGUGUUUUUGAUUAGAAGGUAUGGUUAGAAAAAAUGUGAACGAUCACUUAAACCAAAGCCAGUUAUAAGGAGUAUUCUCUCCUGUUGGUUUACCUUCACCUCAGAACUACAAGAAUAUUACAGUACAUAGUGAAUAGUUGUCUGUAACAUUUCUACCAGUUGUUUCAGUAGCGUAUUUGUCUUGGCAUUUCUUGGCACUAUGGUUCUCUGUUCUUGGUGAUGUCUUAUUAUUUUGUGAUUUUUUUUUUUUUAAAUAACUAAGUGGGACUAUAAAUGUAGAUGUGUAUCAGUACCAAGAAGUUCUUUUCUCAAAUCCCUAUAUUUCUGAUUUCAAGUCUUUUAAACCUGUUUUUUCUUGCUGAGUAGUAAAGAACUUUUAUUUUCCACUUUCCUAUACACCUAAAAAGUAUGGACACUGCGUUUCAAUUAAUUGUACUGCAUAUAGUUUUUUGCUGAAAACUUUAUCUGUAAACACAAUUGCCUUGUUCAGUUUUGUUGUAAACUGACUUACCAUAAGAUGCACUGUUGAUAUGCUUUCUGAUGUGUGUUUGUUUGAUAAGGGUGAUAAAAUAAAGCUUAAAAAUAAAGGAAUUGCUUUUUUAUUUCAAA